CAUCAUCCGUCAAUUUCCAUUUGUACCCUUUCCUUCUUCUACUUACCGGCACUUCCAUGUGAUCAUCAGUUAAUGGUCUCUUUUUUCGUGUGCCUUUGAUCCCGGCCCUUAUUCCAUUUUUAGGGAUUCAAUUCAACUAGUAGUAGUAUUAUAUUCCAAUCCAUAUACCAACAAUCACAUAAAUCUCUCACCAUAUCUUCAUCUUUCUUAAUCCAACUCAAUUGCUUUGCUUAUCGGGAAGGUCUUCUUCUCUCUUUCCUCUCUCUGGAUCAGAACAGAAGGCCAUGUGAGUUGUUUGAACAAAUCAAAAGCGCUUGGGUUAUUUAUUAAGGUAAAUUUGGGGACUUAUUGUGACAUGAGUAAAUGCAAAGGUUGUGGGAAAUUGGGAAGAAUGGCCAGGGACAUGAAUGUGGGCCCAUAUCAAAUAUCUCUACUUCAGUCUCCUGUUGUGUCUGUUUGGGAUUGUGUUGUGCGCAAGAUGAGGUACUCAUUCAGACCUGAGUGGGUGUAGCCUUGCAUAUGUCCCAAGUGUUUUUUCCUCUCUUUUUCUUCUAAUACAAUAGUUGUAUUCCAAACACAGUAGAUAUCAUUUAUAUGAUGUUGAAAGUUAUAGAAGGAAAUUAGGUGUAUACGCGUUAGGAAUUUAGCAAGAGAGUUAAUUAGUCUUAGAACUUUAGAAUCUCAUUAUGGAGUGUGGCGGCAAAGCACCGUUUGAUGGUCGAAAAGCGAAGAAGAAGCAAGUGAAGGAUGAGUUGGACCGGAUGAAACAGGCGGAGAAGAAGAAGAGACGAUUGGAGAAGGCAUUAGCCACAUCUGCAGCUAUUCGUCUCGAACUAGAAAAGAAGAAGCAGAAAAAGAAGGAAGAACAAGAACGGCUUGAUGAAGAAGAAGGUGCUGCAAUUGCUGAAGCAGUUGCCCUUCAUGUCUUAGAGGAUUCAAAUGAGGUAAUCGUGCCAAAGGGUGUCGGAAAUUUCAGCAUAGUUGGAAGCAGAUCAGGAUUCCCUCUUGAACAUCACCACUCCAGAUAUUCUUCAUUCGAUGAAGGGACUAACUGGAUCUCUUCCAGUGACCAAUAUUAUGGAUCAGCUUGGAACAAUUAUGCCUGCCCGGAGUUUACAGACUAUGGAAAUUGGAAUAUGACUGAGUUUUCGUCACUUCAGAUUGCUGAUGAUGCACAGGCUGGCACAUACAUGUUCAAUCGGAUGUUAUGAGUUUUUUAUGUAAUGUUUUUUCUCAAGAAAAAAAGAAAAGGAAUUGUGGUUUUGAAUAAUGUUGUACAUAUUACAAGCAGACACUUAUCAUGUUUGCCAGUGUUGUUGUUUGUACUAUUUGUUAUAAUUGUGUGUAGUAGAUGUUCCCCUUGAGCUUGUAUUGAUGUGAAAGAUGUUGAUGUUUAUGAAAGUUGCCUGGACUUCAAUUCA